AUGUGGACUCGCACCAGGAUUAGACAUCGCUUCCUAAUAGUGUGCCUGCUGUUGACGUUAUGGGCCAAGGCGUCCCAGUCAACAGGCUAUUUUGAGCUGCAGCUGAUCUCUGUUGAGAAUGUGAACGGCGAGUUGGCGAGCGGGGAGUGCUGCGACGGCUCCAGGAGCUCCCAGGAGGAUCUGAGCUGCGUGGAGGACGAGUGUGACACUUAUUUCAAGGUGUGCCUCAAGGAGUAUCAGGUGGACAUCACCACUGGGGGGCCCUGCAUCUUCGGAGCUGGAUCUACGCAAGUUCUUGGUGGAAAUAUGUUGAGUUUUCAAAACGCGAAGAACAAAAUUGACGAGGCUGGCAAGAUCGUGAUCCACUUCCAGUUCGCAUGGCCGCGGACGUACACCUUAAUUGUUGAGGCCUGGGACUGGGACAACACUACUCGGAACAAUGAGGACGACCACCUGAUUGAGCGCAGCGCUCACACUGGCACGGGGAUUCCAGGUGCCCCCUGGCAGACCAUCCAUCAUGAUGGGCCUGUUGCUCGCAUGAACUACCGCAUCCGGGUUCGCUGUGACGAGAAUUACUACGGCAACAAGUGCAAUAAACUAUGUGUUCCACGUGACGACUACUUUGGCCACUAUCGCUGUGAGGCUUCAGGCGCUCAAGUUUGUCUAGAGGGCUGGAUGGGUCCCGACUGUAAAACAGCAACCUGCAAGCAAGGUUGUAAUCUGCUACAUGGUGGUUGCUCGGUUCCAGGAGAAUGCAGGUGUAACUACGGCUGGCAGGGUCAGUUCUGUGAUGAUUGUGCCGUGUUCCCCGGAUGUGUCCACGGCACUUGUAACAUCCCCUGGCAGUGCAACUGUGAGAGGAACUGGGGUGGCCUAUUGUGCGAUAAAGAUCUGAAUUACUGUGGGCGCCACCAGCCUUGCGUCAAUGGGGGCACGUGCAUGAACACGGAGCCAGAUGAGUAUCACUGCGCCUGUCCUCAGGGUUACUCUGGCAAAACGUGUGAGAUAGCUGAGCACUCGUGUGUUUCCAGUCCUUGUGCGAAUGGCGGUACAUGCCACGAAGCUCCAUCAGGCUUUGAGUGUCAGUGUCUACCAGGCUGGGAAGGUUUAACUUGUUCAAACAAUGUAAACAACUGUGCUUCCAAUCCUUGUGCUCGGGGUGGAACCUGCAUCGACCGGGAAGAUGGCUUCGACUGUGUGUGCCCACCUGAGUGGGAAGGAAAAACCUGCCAGAUUGAUGCUAAUGAGUGUGCAAGAAAGCCGUGUGUGAACGCUAAUUCUUGCAAAAAUUUGAUUGGUGGAUAUCACUGCGACUGUUAUCGGGGAUGGUCUGGACAAAACUGUGACAUCAACUGCCAUGGUCAAUGCCAGAAUGGAGGAACUUGCAAGGAAGGCCCACGCGGUUACCAUUGCCAGUGCCCACCAGGCUUUGUCGGUUCUCACUGUGAAAUCCAAAGGAAUAAGUGUGACAGCAGACCCUGUCAGAAUGGAGGCCAAUGCCACACUUUGUUAGGUGGCUUUGUGUGCCAAUGCCCAACUCAGUUUUCAGGACUACUGUGUGAGAUCCAGGUCUCGGUCCCUUCAGACGCAUGCGACCCCAACCCAUGUGAGAACAAUGCCAAGUGCCACAGUAUGGUCCAGGACUUCUACUGCGCAUGUCCUGAGGGCUUUGAGGGAAAGACCUGUGAGAAACCCAAGGAGGACUGUAAAACCACCCCUUGUCAAGUUAUCGACAGCUGCACUGUUGCUAUAGCGACCAACGACUCCGCAGAAGUGCGGCGCAUCUCCUCCAAUGUUUGCGGACCUCGAGGGCACUGUGUGAGCGGGCUGACUGGCAACUUCACCUGUAUCUGUGAUCCAGGGUUUAGUGGCAUCUACUGUCAUGAAAACAUUAACGACUGCCUCAAAAGCCCGUGCAGAAACGGUGGAACCUGCAUUGAUGGCGUCAAUUCCUUUCAGUGUUUCUGUGCAGACGGUUGGGAGGGACAACUCUGCGACCUCAAUGUCAACGAGUGCAGACACAACCCAUGCAAGAACGGCGGCCACUGUGUCGACCUUGUGAAUGACUUUUACUGUGAGUGUGCUGACAAUUGGAAGGGCAAGACCUGCCAUUCGCGCGAAAGCCAGUGUGACGCAACCACAUGCGGUAAUGGAGGCACAUGCUAUGACCACGGGAACACUUUCCGCUGUGCCUGCCCACCUGGCUGGGGAGGAAAAACAUGCAACACAGCCAAGAACAGCACAUGCGCCUCUAGUCCUUGUUUGAAUGGUGGAACCUGCGUGGGAGGCGUUGACACCUUUACUUGUAUCUGCAAAGACGGCUGGGAAGGACCCACCUGCAACCAAAAUAUAAAUGACUGCAACCCUCAUCCAUGUUACAAUGGUGGUAUCUGUGUGGAUGGAGUCAACUGGUUUAGAUGUGAGUGCGCCCCUGGGUUUGCCGGGCCUGACUGCAGAAUCAACAUCAAUGAGUGCCAGUCAUCCCCCUGUGCCUACGGCGCCACCUGUGUGGACGAGAUCAAUGGGUUCCGCUGCAUUUGUCCACUCGGUAGAACGGGAGUCCGAUGUCAAGAAUUCAUAGGUAUUGGCAAGUCAUGUCAUUAUGCCGGGCUGCAGUUUCCUCAUGGCAGUCGCUGGGAGGAGGAGUGCAACAACUGCUACUGUGGCAACGGAAAAGUGGAGUGCACAAAGGUUCAGUGCGGUCGACGGCCCUGCCGCCUGCAGUCUACAGACCAAGAUGCAACCAGUCAUUCCUGCCCUGCUGGACGCGAGUGUGAACCACACAGAUACCUCACAUGUUUUUCAGCCCCUUGUCAUCAGUGGGGGGUAUGUUCUCAAGCGCAGACACAAACCACCACCAAGUGUCAGCCAAACAGUGGGCACCUGGACAACAAUUGCGGCCGCAUCACAUUGGUUUUCAACAAAGACAAAGUCCCACUGGGAACAACAGUGGAGAACAUCUGCUUUGAGCUGAGAUAUCUUCCUGACACCAGAACUUUGGCAAAAGACCACACUCUCCUCCUUCUGUGUGACCUUUCUCAUUCCACUCAGGAUGCUGUUGAAGUGGCCAUAUCUUUCCAGCCCGAGGAUCUCGCAGACCACAGUCUGAUACAGGAGACUGCCAACACCAUAGUGGGCACCUUGUCAAAGAGGCACAACAGCUCCAUCAUGUUGGCAGUCAUUGAGGUCAAAGUGGAAACACAAGUCAACUCCCGUUCACUGGACUACCUGGUGCCUCUGCUGUGCGUCAUCUUCAGUUUGCUCUGCCUCUUCUGCAUCAUUGUUUGUGUUUGGUGGACUCGCAAGCGGAGAAAAGAACGUGAAAGGAACGUACGCUUGCCGGCAGACGACAGCGUCAACAACCAAUGGGAGCCGCUUCGGCUCGUGGUGGGACGUCAGCAGCAGCAGCAACAGCAGCAGCAGCUGAAAGAGAGCAACAGGGAGGCCGAGCAGGAGCGCAAAAAGCUCAUGGAGCCCUCCUAUCGGACGUGUGAUGAAGGGGACGAGGAGGACGAGGAAGAGACGGAAGGCGAGCUGGAGGAGGAGAUGUGCGGCGCGGAAGCGGGAGAGCAGCCAGUUUAUAAGUACUCAAAGACUGCAAUGCAGUCAAGUGGGGGGCUAAUCUGCACCACGCACAGUUCGAGUUCGCCCCUCAAAGCACCCCACCGGACCCCAGGCUACAGCCCCAAAGACAACCGCUGGAAAAAUGUCAGUGCCGUCAUGACUGGCCAAAAAGACGUCAGAGACCAUUGUGUAUAA